CUCAAAUUUUAUCGCCCGCCUUUCCACCACUAUGAGGGGAUCUUCCAUUGAUGUCCUCAUCAUCGGCGCUGGUCCGUCAGGGCUCAUGGCAGCCACUGCUCUCAAGCGCGCUGGAAUCGACGUUCGGAUCGUGGAUAAGAGACCGCAAGGAAUAUUGGCCGGGCAAGCCGAUGGCAUUCAGCCACGGACGUCAGAAAUUUUGCAGACCUACGGCCUGGCCGACGAGCUCUUCCGACAAGGCUGCCAGCUGCGUGUAACGGCCUUCUUCAAUCCAUCAACAGAGAGUGACGGAAUUGAACUUAGCGGCCGGAUGCCUACAGUGACGGCCCCAGAUGCACGGUACCCGUACAUCUUGACUCUUCACCAAGCCGCCAUAGAGAAGAUCUUUCAAGACGCAAUGCGCUCCAUGGGCGUGGAAGUCGAGCGUUCAGUUGUCCCGACGUCGCUGGAUAUUGUGGAGGAGUCAAUGAAGGAAUCAGAGGCCUAUGCGGUAAAGGUGUGCCUCGCAUCUGCCGACUCUGCCGAUGUGAUCCCCAACGAGGUUGUCAGUGCCCGCUUUGUGAUUGGGACCGAUGGCGCACGCUCGUGGACCCGCAAAGCCCUCGGCAUCAUUCUGGAAGGCGAACAAACUGACCUCUAUUGGGGCGUCAUCGACUUCGUGGCCGACACCGACUUUCCGGACAUACGCAAUCAAUGUAUGAUCCACACGCAUUACGGUUCGAUCUUGGUUAUCCCCAGGGAGGGGGACUUGGUUCGCUUGUACGUGCAAAUGAACAAGGAAGUGCUGGACUUGGACGAAGCGGGCGACUUCAACAGGUCCAAGAUGAGUCCGGAACAGUUACUUGAGGCAGCAAGGCUGCGCUUUCGUCCCUACUACCUUAACCUCAAGGACCCCGAAGCAGGUUAUCAUUGGUGGACCAUCUAUCGCAUCGGCCAACGUGUCGCAAACAAGUACGGCGUGCACGAGCGGGUGUUCCUGGCUGGCGAUGCGACGCAUACGCAUUCACCCAAAGCAGGGCAAGGUAUGAAUGCUGGGAUAUGCGAUGCUCAUAAUCUGGCCUGGAAGAUUGCCCAGGUCCUCCACGGACAUGCAGACUUAAGUCUGUUGAAGACGUACGAACUUGAGCGCCGGACAUUUGCGCAGAGCCUAAUCGCCUUCGACAAGGAGUACGCAACGCUCUUCAGUACCGCCGGCAUCACGCACGAAGAGUUCUUGCGGGCGCACAGUAGCUUCAGCCCCUUCAUCAGCGGCAUGGACUUCACCUAUCCUACCUCAGCGAUAACCCGCCAGACGCAUCAGGAUUAUGCGAAAGGCCUCAUUAUCGGUAGACCUGUUCCCCCUCACGCCUUCCUCCGUGUGGCAGAUGCCAGGCCGGUGAACAUCCAAGAUAUGCUGCCUGCCAACGGGAAAUUCAAGAUCCUCGUCUUCGCCGGCGAAUAUUCCCGGGCUGACUUCCUCGCAGACCUUCAACAGUUCGCCGAGGGGCUCGUCAAUUUACUGGCCAAGUAUGGGGGAGCUUCUGACUCCAGGCUGAUGGACAUGGCCACCGUCUUGGCGGGUAAACAAGACCCGGCAUGUCUCCUGCAGAUACCGUCCACCCUGAGGCCUCACUGGGCGCAAGUCGUAGUCGAUGAUGAUGUAGAUGUUCAUGGUCAUAGUGCAGGUGGAGGAUAUAAGAAGUUUGGCAUUGAAUCAUCGCGAGGAGCAGCUGUCGUCGUCCGCCCAGACUCAUUUGUGGGGGCAGUCGCGCCUCUGCAGGGUAUCAACGCGCUCACUGAAUAUUUUGAUUGCUUCUGGAAGCCCUCCUAGCUCUGACGAAGAGACAAUGCAUGUAGCAAUUGCUAGAAUAUGAGUGGGGGGUAUGGCCGCAAGCGGCGUGGGCCGAACCUUUAGGUACGUCGGGAAUGGCAGCAG